UUGUAAAAGAACUGGGAUUGAAAAUAGAUAAACCCUCUAGAAGUUUAAUCGUAGCUACUACAGGAACUACCUCUCGACCUCUUGGUAUUAUUAGAAACCUACCUGUUAAAAUUCAAGGUAGAACUAUUCCUAUUGACGUAGAAGUA